CCCACUUGCAGCACAUUCUGUCUGUUGGAUAGCAAAAGACUUUGGUAUAACGCUUUUACGCACUCGGGUGGGUGUGAGUGUAUUCAAGCGAUCUGGCAACCCGCCACAAGUCAGUCGUCUGGACGCUGUCACGCAUAAUAUGUAGAGGACGGAGACGCUGAGCGCGAGAAGAUGUCUGUGGAAGAGGGGCGCGCGCGCCCGGUGUCCAGACGGACAGCGGUGAAAUGCAUGUGGGCGCUUUUUCCUCACGUCGUGCUCAUCCUCUCUCUCAUCGGCUACGCCGUGCUCGGCGCCCUCCUCUUCCAGGUGCUCGAGGGACGCUCGAGAAACGACACGGAUGGAUACCGAAGUUUCGUGCUCGAGGUCGUCGAAACCGUGCGCAAUCAUUCCGGCGAGUCUGAGGAGGUUCUCGUGGGGGCUUUAGAGCAGAAGAUCAGAACGGACUACCAGGCUGUGUGGGCUCAGAGUUAUGAAAAGUGGACCUUUUAUGGCUCGCUCUUCUUCUGCUGCACCGUCUUCACCACUGUGGGCUAUGGAGAGAUCUACCCAGUGACUAGGUCUGGAAGGGCAGCAUGUAUCAUCUAUGCCAUGCUGGGAAUUCCACUCAUGCUGCUAGUCAUUUCAGAUUUUGGUGACAUUCUGGCAAUGUUCGUCUCCAAUGGUUACCAAAGGUUGCACUCUUCCUGCAAACAUGUUCUCUCUCAGCUGUGGAGCCUCUGUAGAAGCGGCCAAAACCGCACCCUCAACAACAGGAUCUAUAGUUCCAGUCAGGACAUAGAGAUGAGUAAACCAAUGGACCUCCGUGACAUUAUGCUCACCCAGUCAUCUGUUAAGCAAAGGUCCAUCCAGUUUCUCAAAAAUGUUGCAAUCUUUGAACGCAUCAUCGCACGGGAGAAGUUUGGUCAGAACAGACCUCUGUCGCGCACGUGCUCUUGCCCCCAGCUCAAUCAGAUGCCACCUGUGCCUUUGGGCUUCAAGAUGUGGGACUUUAAUAACAUCGGCCAAGAGAUGGAGCGUUUGAAUGUGCCAUUCAUGCUGAUCCUGCUUGUUGUCUUUGCUUAUAUACUGAGCUGGGCAUUGAUCCUUCCACUGUGGGAGAAGCACUUAAACUGGUUCGAGGCUUUCUACUUCUGCUUCAUAACACUCACAACCAUUGGCUUUGGUGACAUUGUACCCAAGCACCCCAAGUUUUUCAUGCUGACCUUCCUCUUCAUCAUCACAGGCAUGGCCAUCAUGAGCAUGGCCUUCAAGCUGGGCCAGUCACGCAUCAGCAGCUGUUACCACCGCUGCAUCGGCUGCCUCAGCUGUCUCAACUGUCUUGGCAUGGGAAAGAAAGGCAAAUAUAAUAUUCAGGGCAAGUGAAGUGGGAAACAUUUGAAGGAUCCAUGCGUAAAGUAAACAGAUUGUAAUUGACUAAAGAUUCCUUUAAGGUUCCUUUACCUUUUGCUCAUCUAAUUUAGCGUACUGAUUUUCAUUUUCAGUGCUUGGGCUUCCACAAGCUCCAUGGAAAGUUGUAGAUCGUUGAGAUGGACAGUGGAUGAAUUAUAAGUAUUUAUGAUGCAUGAGAGUGGGCUCCAUUUCAGCUUUUCACAUUUCUCUCUACUGAAUACUGGAGAUUGUUGGAGUACUAUGGAGAGCUGCAUAUCAGAUCUGCCAGUGUGGUGAAAGAGACCAAACUGGACUGGUUUGCAGUCCUGCCAGUGUUUAUGUUAUUUUAUUUGAUCACAAACUGAUUUCUUUUACUCUUUUUCUCUGUUGCCGUUUUCAUGGUCAUGAAGUGGUAGAGCAGCACCAAAAGGGCUUGUGAUAUUCACCAGAGUAGAGCCAGAACUCAUUUUGGUCCAAAAAUGAUAUCAACCUAGUCUGUCUUAGCAUAAACACAACGCCGAACAGUAUUUUCCUGACCUGGAGCAGACAGUCCCAUGUCUUACAACAUAGUUUUGUAGAUGUACACUCUCUGCAUCCCCUAACUUCAACAUAAACAGCAAAUACAAAUAAAACAAACUCAGUUGUUGCUACCCAUCUUUAUAAAAAAUACUCUUUUUCUCCACAGCCCAUUUUUAGACUCGUAUCACUUGUGUGGAUGUUCAGAGAACUACAGAGAAUAUACAAUAUAACACCAUGAUCCUUUGCCUUAUUCUUGCUUUUGCUAUGUGAUCGUGAACAACAGUGUUUUAGAUCAAGCACAAAUAUUGUAGUAUGCCUGAUUUAUUCAUUUCCAUUGUUUGGACCCUGAGCAAUGUGUGUGUGUGGGGGGGGGGGUUUACAGAGUGGUAAUAAAAAAAUCAAAGUUCAUGUACCAGGACUGGGGCGUUGAGCAGGUCCCUCUAUGUCUACAUUGCAUGUUAUCAGACCUGGAGGUCACUUCACAAUGUGCCAAAUGAAUUCAAAUGGUUUACUGGUGCUCAAACCUGACAACGUGAUGAUUAACAGUGCAGAAUGUGCAAAAGCUUGGCGCUCCAAGACUGAGUAUAUGCACAAUGUGUUACAGUUUGAUAACCCAUAUAUCCAGAUACCAAGGGAAAAAGUCAUUUUAUGUGACAUAAAGUGAUGAGAUAUAACAAAACCGAUGGUUUGUUAGCCUCUAAAAGGUGAAAAAUAAGAUGAAACCUGAAUUAAAUCAGUCGUACUAGCUUGAGUAAUAAUAUUCCACGUAUACAGAGGUUAGAAUUAAUUCUGUAUAAAAAGAAGCAGCUCUUUCUAGUCCAGCUAAUACAGUGUGACACUGCAUUUGAAUUGCAUCAAAAUACCUGUUGUGUAAGAACAACUUGAUAUUUGAAAUAGGAGAUUUGGUUAAUCCGGAGCAGAAUAAACACUUCAACUGUAAUAUACAGUAGCUUUGGUUAUGCUAUAUCCUUUACCGUGUGAGGCCCACGGAGUGAAAUUACGAGAACCAUCUCAGCCUUUGUCACAUUCAAUUCGUCCCGGCCGUUUAUUCAUAUUGACAGUACUCGAUGGGUUGUGAGUAAUAAUGUCAUUUACUAACACACUCAUUGUUCCAAGAUGAGAAUAAAGUACAGUAGGCUAAGAUCUGAUGUGAAACUGCUCAGUAUUUCCACAUAAUGUACAGUCUUGCAGAUCUCGAAACAUCGACUUGGCUUGAUUAUAAGACUUGAUUCGGUUUCAGAUUUCUUGAUGAACUUUCAAUUUGCAUAGAAAUGACAUCUCACAGAGAGUGCAUUUGAUGCGGGUUGUUCUUUUCCUAUAAACAACUCACUUUCUAUGAACCACACGACGCAACUGUAAAUGAAAGGUAUUCUGUUAUUGUUUCACUGGCAUCAGAAUGCACGUAUUCUGCUUCAUCUGACCGGAUCGAUUCGAUGCAUUUAUUCGACUGAGAUGGCUUCUUGUGAAUGAAUGUUGAAAAUGUAUGAAAAAAUAAAAUGAGAAGAAAGUGUUUGUUUCAGUGUGUUUCAGUUGUUUCGAGGGCAGCAGAGGUUCGACAUCUCCCCUUCACUUUGUCUUGUCGAGUAGAAGAAGCCGAUGGCGUAAAUCAGGAGCGCCCAAACUUUCUGUGUAAACAUUAUGAAUUAUGAAUUUUCUGCGAAGCCAGGCCUUGACUACUUUUCUUUUUUUUCUUUUUACAGAUUUAUACUUGUAAAUCCAUUUUAAAUAAAUGUUUUGACGUAUUUCCA